GGGAGGAGGGAGAGUUUGGAGGUGCUCCGCCCAGUCGGACGGGUGGCACGUCCCCUUGCGACCUGCAAGAUGGUGGUGGGUGCGUUCCCUAUGGCGAAGCUGCUAUACUUGGGCAUCCGGCAGGUCAGCAAGCCGCUUGCCAACCGCAUUAAGGAGGCUGCCCGCCGAAGCGAGUUCUUCAAGACCUACAUUUGCCUCCCGCCGGCCCAAUUGUACCACUGGGUGGAGAUGCGGACCAAGAUGCGCAUCAUGGGCUUCCGGGGCACAGCCAUCAAGCCGCUGAAUGAGGAGGCGGCCGCGGAGCUGGGCGCCGAACUCCUGGGGGAGGCCACCAUCUUCAUCGUGGGCGGUGGCUGCCUGGUGAUGGAGUACUGGCGCCACCAAUCGCAGCAGCGCCACAAAGAGGAGGAGCAGCGCGCCGCCUGGGGUGCGAUGCAGGACGAGGUGGGCCGCCUGGCGCUGGCGGUCGAGGCGCUGCAGACGCAGGUGCAGCAGGCGGCCUCGCCGAGCGCCCUGGAGGAGCUGCGGGCGCAGAUGCAAGAGGUGCGAGCCCAGCUCUACGUCAGGGACCAGGAUGCGCGGUCCGCGCCCAAGGCAGUGUCUGCAUCAGAGAAAUAGGCAGCUGCUGAAGCCUGAACUUGGGCGUGGCCAUGUGUGCACACCUGUGGCCUUCUUAACUUAGCACUCUUGCCUGUGCUGGCCCAGGGGAAACCACAGGACUCUCGAUGAACUUGGCCUUUGGUCACCCUCUACUGACCAGUGGUACCUUGCACUGGGACUGUGAAGCGUUCUAGCGCAGCCCCCUCCAACCUGUAGCUCGUGGCUUCAGUCUUCAGUGCUCACCUCUCCACCCCAUGCCCAGCCACACAGGUCACAGCCAGCAGGACAACGCGCCCACUCUUCUGGCAGAAGAACAAAAGAGCUUGGACCUGAGCUGACUCAACUUCCCUUUUUACCUGAUCAGUGGUUCCUUUCCCUGGGACACUCGCCCAUGACACUGAGCACCCCCUUUUACCAGUUGGUGCAGGCCAUUGAAAGGCAUGCGCAUCUUUCAGUGGACUUGUCUGUCCCCCCUCUCAGGUGGGCUGUAGGUGGGCAUCGCCCCUCUCUUUGAGCAGGUCUGGGGGGGAGGGUCCUGGCCUGCUAUUUAUCCUCCAAAUAUCUUUCCCUUAACCUGAUCUGUGUGAUACCUUCUCUUGAGUCCCCAGGUAAAAUAUUUCAAAGAACCCCCUCAUCCUUCAGUCUCCGGCACAACCCACGGGAAUGGCUGUGCUGGUCUCCCACGGUGCCUUCCCAACGCCCCUGAUGUGGAGGAGAAGGCGACAUUGCCUAGGGCUAAUCCAGCCUGGCGGUCGGCCUGUCUGCCUGUCCCCAGCGUCCCUGGGCCUUUCCCGACUCAGCCUGUCCUGCUGUCCCCUCCAGCGGCCUCUCUCAGGCAGCUGCUAGUGUGGGUUGGAUGAGCAUGUCUCCCAUGCUGCGUUUCAGCCUGUUGACCCCCGUUCCCUUGCCCCCACCCCCUGCCCCCCCACGGAGCCCUGGGCUGGUCCAGCUGUCUGUCCGUCUUCACGCAGUGGUGCCUCCUGCCUGCACUGCCCCGAGAGCCACCUGUGGCUCCCUCGUCUGGGCCACUGGUCGGUCUGCCCUUCUCUACUGGUUUCCUGUAGCCGCCAGAACAAAUGACCGCACUCUUGGCUUAAAACAACAAGGAUUUCUUCUCCCACAGAUCCAGGAUCAAGUGACAGCAGGGCCAUGCUCCCUCCAAAACCUUUAGUGAAGGCGAACCCUUUCCUAUCUCUCCUUCCAGCUCCUGGUGUCUCCAGGUGUCCCAUAGAGACACCUGGUCAUUGGGUUCAGGGACACCCUCAACCUAGGAAGACCCUUUUUGCAAAGAAGCCCACAUUCACAAGUUCCAUGGGUAAGGAUGUAGACGUACCUUUUUUUUUUUUUUUUGAGGGGGGAGGCACCAUUCAACACACUACACCUCCCCGCCCCAAGAGUGUGCUGGGACCCCUGCCACCCCCAUGGGACAUUCGGCCUUCCCCACUUGACAGGGACAAUCCAGGAACUAGCCUUCACUUCUCGGUUUCUCUUCUGGGAUUCACCACAGAAGCGGAAAGGGGUGUGGCUCCCCCCAGGCUUUUCUGUUUUUUCAGACUCUAGAUGUCUCCUCAUUUAAGGAGCCUGGAAUGAGGCUCCUUAAUGAGGAAGUUGUUUUAAGGGCGGGUCUCAGAACCAUUCCGAGGACUUCCAGAAUGGACACAAAGCUCACUGAAACCAGAGAGACAUGGGAGGGAUCUGGGGGGUGAAUGAGCUGAGAGUGAGCCUGUGAACUCUCCCGGAUUGGGAAACGGGCUCCGGGCUCCGGGGAAGCUCAAGGCUGUGAGGCCAGUGAAGGACUGGAGUCCGGGGCACGGCUGGGGAACCAGAGAGGAGCCCCCAGGUGGUUCUGGCUGCCGGGUGUUGGAAGAGUACAGGUGCGGGGCCAGAGGAAGCUGAGAGGGCAGGGGAUUCAGUAGGGAGGGGCGGGGGUCUCUCCCGAGAUCUCCGAGGCAGUGUUCAGAGCGGGCGGCUCCCCACCCCCAUCAGAGCAGCCCCAGGUCACACCCAGGAUCUUAGCAUCUCAGGAAGGGCCUUAGAUUCAUCUCUCUUGGGCCCUUUUCCAAGAACUGGGAGAGGCAGGGUUUCUCUCCCUUCCUCACCGCACUUCCCCCCGGGGAUGAAGAAGGACCUGGACACGAGACCUGAUAGGAAACUCGGGCUCUGAAACAUCUCAUUCUCUGUGGGAGAAGCUGGUGCAGAGGGAGCAAGGAGGUGGGUUCCGGGGUUUCUGCUUUAUGCCCUGAGCAGGUUAGAUGAAGAAGGCAAGAGGUACCACUGCAUGAAAGGGGGGUGCGCGGAGGAGCCCGGUGAGCCGCUCAGUGCCUGGUUUCCAUGGUUACCCCUGAGCGGGUUCACCAGCGCGGUCACGUCUCUGGAGCACGGGUUGCUGGUGGCCAGGGACGCUGACUGCCAGCGCCCCGUCCGGUGGUGUCAUGAAAGAGCAGCCACAUGGAACUUAAUGAGCUCUGGAAAGGUGCCCGGCGUCGUCCUAAAUGCUUUGCGUAAUCCCAGUGGCAUGUUGUUCGUUUCAUUCAUGAAGAAACGAGCACACAGAGGAAGAGUCACCUGCCCGAGGUCACAGGCGGGGAAGAGACAGAUCGUGAAGACGGACAGGCUGGGCCGGAGCCCACGCCCCUCACCCCUGCGCCUUCCCGACCCCGUUGCAGCGCUGUGCUCACGUCUGCGAGGCUGCAAACAGCCCCCGAGUGGCCAGACCUGUGGGACGCAGCAGCUUCACCCACUGGGUGGGCGGUGGGAUCAGGGUGUGCACGGUGGAGACACCCCCUCUCAAAAUGCUCCAGGCCAGAGAAUGCACAGGUUCAUCAUGUCCACUUCCUAUUAGAAAUUUUGUAUGCACGUGUGACGUGGGGAGCGGAGUUAGAAUAAAUCUGUAAUUCAA